GCCUUUCGGCUGAGCGGGCGGCGGGCAGCCUGCGCGCGGCUGCUCGUUAGCUCUGCGGUCUGUUGAGAGGGGCUUCCCGGGGGCCGCGUCCGGCCAGGAGGGAGGGAAGAUGGCGUCAGUGGCGGCGGGCGGCCUGGUGGGCCAGGGGCGCGACAUCAGCCUGGCGGCCCUGCAGCGCCACGACCCCUAUAUCAACCGCAUCGUGGACGUGGCCAGCCAGGUGGCUCUGUACACCUUCGGCCAUCGGGCCAACGAGUGGGAAAAGACUGAUGUGGAAGGAACCUUAUUUGUUUACACAAGGUCUGCCUCUCCACAGCAUGGGUUCACCAUUAUGAAUAGGCUGAGCAUGGAAAACAGGACAGAACCCAUUACUAAAGACCUGGAUUUCCAGCUCCAGGACCCUUUCCUUCUCUACAGAAAUGCCAGAUUUUCCAUUCAUGGAAUAUGGUUUUAUGAUAAGGAAGAAUGCCAAAGAAUUGCAGAGCUUAUGAAAAACCUCAUUCACUAUGAACAGCUGAGAGCACACCAGGGAGCUGGACCAGGAAUCUCCCCAGUGAUCGUCAAUUCAGGAGACAGCAGAGAAGUGGACAUCCUACGAAUGCUUACCAAAGCCAAAGAUGAAUAUACAAAGUGUAAAGCCUGUUCUGAGCCAAAACAGAUAGCCAGCUCAUCUGCCAUCUAUGACAACCCCAACCUCAUCAAACCGAUUCCUGUGAAGCCUGGUGGGAGCCAGCAGCAGUGUUUACCCCGGCCCAGCCAGGCUUUAGACCCUGAACCCCACCACUUGUCCUUGAUGGCUCUCUUUGGGAAGGAGCACAGAGCUACUUGUCAGGAAGCCAUGGGGCCUCCACAGGCCCUCCACCAGCAGCAGGAAGAGAAGCUUCCACUGAGGCAGGGGGUUGCACGCUCCCUGUCCUAUGAGGAGCCCCGAAGACAGUCUUCCCCCACCGAGAGGCAGCUCUGCCCAGCCAUUCAGAAACUCAUGGUCGGGAGCGCAGACCUCCGCCCGUUGUCAGAGCUGCCUGAAAGCCGGCCCUGCAACAGCGGCCGCCAUUCUGCUGGGGAAGUUUCUGCAGGGCCUGGGCAGCCAGCACCUCCCCAUAACACUUCCAGAACUCAGAACCUGUUAGCGAAGCUUCAGAGCACCCCAGGGACAGCAAACAAGUACAACCUGAGUUCAGCAGCGGCUGCCUGCUCCCCUGCCCCAAACCUGGGCCCUGCAGCUCCAGGGGAGGGGGUGGCUCAGGCACAGCUGGUGCGUUUCAACAGCUCCCUCCCACCUCAGUCCCUGGGAUGCCAGGCUCAUGGAAAAGAGCAGCCCACACUCCCCAGACAGACUUUCCCCCUGUGGGGCAAUCAGACAAGCAGUUCUGGAGUCAUCUCCCCGCAGGAGCUGCUGAAAAAGCUUCAGCUUGUGGAGCAGGAGCAGCAGCCGCCUGCAUCCAAUCGACCAGCCUUGGCCGCCAAGUUUCCCAUGCGAACUCAGAGCUCUAGAACAGGGAACCACUUGGAAUCCUGGAUCGACAAGACAUCCAGCACAGAAAAGCAUUCUCCCCUUCUUCGGAUUUGCCCGGAGCAGGUCAUCUCACCUCAGCACAUUCCUGCUCCCAUGGCUCCUGCUCUGCUCAUGACCCCCAUGGUGUUCACCCAACCCACCUGUGCCCCACCAAAGGAGAAGGGGAGUGGACUCCUGCCCCUGGAGAGCCGGGAACCAGCUGCCGCUUGCACCGGCCUCCUGCCUCUGCAGAAGCCGGAGCCUGCCGUGAUCGCCAACAGCCCGCUCAGCAAGCCACAGCUGCAGGAGGCGCUGCUGUACCUGCUUCAGCCCUUGGCCAGGCAGCAGAGCCCAGAGACAACCAGUCUGACUGCUGCCCACUUGCCAGCACCAAAAUCUUGCCAUAGCUAAUGGGAGAAAUAUGCUGGCUUUGAUGAGAUACCAAUGAAGUAUAUUGCAAGUAAAAUCUUAACUAAUGUCAAAAACAAGGUCUACAUCUUGUGGGAGGUCUGGAGGACUUUUAAGAACCACCACCAAUUCCUAACCAAACCUUGACAAGCGCUGACCUGGAUCAUUUCCUCCCAGUCCAGCGUUCAGCUGGAACCAAUGUCUUUUCAUGCAACAGACCCAGGCUUUCGUGAGUAAACCUUGUCCCUAGUGGCUCGUGGCCCGUCUGUGCUGUAUGCAGUGAACACUUGGUGUUUCCCAUUCUGACCACUGGAAACCAGUGGCUGACUGUCAGCCUUCCCCCAGCCCCGCCUGAUACUCACAUAUGCAGUUAAACAUGCAGCCGUGAGAGCAGAUGGUAGGGACAGCGUCUCUGUGGAGAUGCCAGUUCAGCUCCAAGACAGGGAAAGGCUUUGUUUCUGCCAACAAAAUCACAUUCCCUUGGGUCUCUUGAUUUUAUU